CUGACCGUCCUUGGCAGAAAUAGGAGUUCUUCUGAUAAUUUAAUGAACGAUAAUAAUACGUUGUUGCUCAGUGUUUGAUCAGACAAAGAGAGCAUCCGACUCAAAACGCGUGAUGUGGGCUGUCAGAGGCAAGUCCCGAGGACGCACAGACUCGAUCAAGCCAUACUCCAUAAUCCCCGCCUUCCUCUCCGGGAAGAAACAGACACAAGUUACUGUCGUAUCUGCGGACGGGAAAUUUGGAAUUGAGCCGAGGAUGACAGCUCAUGACGAGUGUUCCCAGGUUGUUCGACAAAUCGGCAAACGCCAAUUGCCGCAGUCCGCCCUCCCCCACGUCCGAGCCUGGACAAGACUAUGUAUGCCACCAAACGCUCAGGGGGUGGAACCGUCAAGCGGCAAAUACUGGCAACAGGGGAGGAUUUCAAAUCGAGGCAUGGACCAGCAGUUGGCCCCUUUCACAGUUCGCGAACCCGGUCCCGCACCAAAGGCAUGCCUUGCUUGGUUCCGACCAAGGCCCGGGCACCGUUGCGAGUGGCCGUUUCGAUCUCGUGGGGACUUUCUCUGCAUUUUGUCGUGGCCCGCUCACUCUUCGGGGUCAGCUUCGUCGUCUCCACACGGGCUGUGGCUAGCUCGCUGCCUACCUGCGCCAGGAAGAGAGACAUGGUCGGACUAGCUGAUGAUUGUAAGCGUCGACUUGGCCGACAGUUUGCCAAGUUUUAUGCACCAGUUCCCUCUGAGGCAUGUACCGACCACUCCCGAAUCACAAGGCGGGCGACAGACUGCCGGUAUUUGCAUGUUACUCGUGGGGAAAGGGAUCAUGAUGGGCCGGUCAAGCCCAACCACGACUGAAAUCUUGACGGAUUUCAA